AUGGAUCAAUCAGAUGCCACGGCCGACAGUGACACAGCAGUUACGGACUGCAACUUGGUCGACUGGGACGGGCCAGGUGACGGAGAGAAUCCGAUGAACUGGUCUACGAAGAAGAAAGCUGUUUUCAUCACAACUCUUAGUUUCAUCUCGACCUUGAGUCCUUUGGCCUCUUCGAUCGCAGCACCUGGUAUCGCUUCCAUCAGGAGCGACUUCGGUGUCACGGAUACCUACGUCGGCGCCUUCAUCAUAUCUGGUUUCCUGAUCGGAUACUGCUGCGGUCCCCUAAUUAUUGCACCGUUGUCCGAGGUUUACGGGCGCUAUGUUCUCUACAACAUCUGCGGCGGACUAUUCCUCAUCUUCAACAUCGCGUGCUCCGUCGCGCCGAAUUCUGGCAGCAUGAUUGCCUUCCGAAUAUUCUCUGGUAUAGGCGGGUCUGCACCUCUGACCCUCGGAGCAGGUUCGCUUGCGGAUAUUGUCCCACGGGAAAAAAGAGGCGUAGGGAUGACGCUUUUCACUCUUGGUCCAAUGGCAGCGGUUGCACUCUUGGCUACUGCACUCCUUAUGCCUGAAACAUACGCCCUUACGAUCCUGGAGCGGAAAGCGAGACGUCUGCGCCGAGAAACCAAUAACCCAUCUCUCGUGUCAGUCUUGGCAACCAAUCGCAAGUCCAAGGACCUCAUUGUUUUCUCCCUGUUCCGACCAGCAAAGAUGAUGUUCCUGUCUCCCAUCGUCUUCUCCUUGUCCGUCUACAUGGCAGUACUCUACGGGUACCUGUACCUGCUCUUCACCACCUUUCCCCAGGUGUUCAAGCAGCAGUACGGGUUCUCUCAAGGUUCGUCGGGCUUGGCAUACAUUGGAAUCGGCAUUGGUUCGCUCGUCGGCUUGUUGUUUGCCGGCCUGGUGUCUGACAGGCUCGUGCGAACGUUGACAUUGAGGAACGCUGGACAGUAUCAGCCUGAAUACCGAUUGCCGCCCAUGCUCUGCGGUGCAAUUCUGGUUCCCAUCGGUCUGUUCUGGUAUGGGUGGACCGCCGAAAAACAAUUGCAUUGGAUGCUGCCCAUCGUGGGAACCGCGUUAUUAGGUUGCGGCAUCGUGAUAGUUCUGAUGUCGACCUCGACGUACCUGGUUGACGCGUUCACCGAGUACGCCGCAUCGGCUAUGGCGGCCAACACUGUGACUCGGUCCUUGGUGGGAGCAUUUCUGCCUUUAGCGGGAGAAGAACUGUAUCGACAAUUGGGCCUCGGCUGGGGCAACUCGCUACUGGGGUUCAUUGCAUUGGCAAUGAUACCUAUCCCGGUCGUCUUCUACAAGUACGGCCAAGCCAUUCGGCAGAUGAAACUGUUCAAUAUAGAGUUUUAG